AUGACAAUGAAUAAUCAACAAAUAUGGCUCAAGGAGGCCGUUGAUCAAGGAAAAAUCAAGUUCAUUCAAUUCGAUACAUUUAGUAACAUACAAGUUAUUGCUCCUGGUUCUUUCGGAAAAGUUUCCCGUGCAUAUUGGUCAAUUGGCGAGAAAAAUGUUUCAUUAAAAAGUUUGGACAAUGAGUAUAAUAGCGGCGAUCAGCAUUUCUAUCAAGAACUUAUCAAGGAGCUUAGGAUUGCUCGUGAAGUAGACUUUCAUGAUGCUAUUAACCGAUUUUUUGGUGUAAGUAGAGGAAAAAGCUUAAAUGUAAUUACAGAUUCGGCAAAUCGAUAUUAUUUGGUUUUGGAAUAUGCCAACGGUGGGAAUCUAAGAGAUUUUUUGCGGAACAAUAUUGCUAGCCUCGAUUGGACAAAAAAAAUAGACAUUUCCAAACAGAUUGCUCGCGGCCUUCGCUGCUUGCACAGUCAGAACAUAGUUCACCGAGAUUUGGUGGGAUACAGGGAAUCGCCAGUGGUCGGUACCCCAAGCGCGUUCGCAGAAACUUAUUCGAAAGCUUGGGAUCAUUAUGAAGAAAAACGUCCAACAAUUCAACAGGCAUGUGAUGAACUCGAUGAAAUAAAUUUGUUACCAACCUUUGAUUCGCAUCCAUCGCCGCCGUCGCUGUUUUCAUAUGAAUCAUCUACCGGUAAUUCAGAAAAUCUUAUGACGCCGGUAAUAAUUCGAAAUAGGCAAACGACUAUUGUGACCGUUGAUGCAGGAUCAUCUAAUGUCGAGAAGAAUUUGUGGCUUGCAUCUGUUGAUGUAGAUACGAUAAAUACGAUAUCUGCAAUGACAUCGGGCGUAGAUAAAAGUCUGAAACCCACUUCCACUGCUGUUAAAAGAAAAUCAAAGCCGACGAAUGCUGAUAGAAAUAUAAAGACUAUAAAUAUUGAUAGAAGUGCAAAGCCCACAAAUGUUGAUAAAAUUGUUGAUAAAAGGGUUGAGGAUAGAAGAAUACUUAUGAGUCAAAAGCUGCAAAAGCCAAAAACAAAGGAUGCUCAACGCCAAAGGGCUGCUUAUCCCAUUUCAAAAAAGGAAGAGGUUGUGGAAUAUGCCAAAAAAUAUAGUCGAAAUGCGGCUGCAAGGCACUAUGGCCUUGAUGCACCGAUGGUGGGACGUUGGGUAAAGGCUAGUGAAAAAUGGAAUAAGGACACAGAUAAAAAUGUCAUGCGUCUUGGUUCUGGAAGAAGGGCGUUUUUUCCGGAAGCAGAAGAUCGAUUAUAUCAAUGGAUUGUCGAACAACGGAAUACUGCAGUCUCAAUGACCUAUGCCAUGAUAAGAAAGCAAAUGUUGGAGAUCUUAAAAGAACCCGAUAUGGCCGCAUUGUAUACUAAUGCUGAUCAAUUCAAGGCCAGAAGUCGCUGGUUAACUGCAUUCAUGAAGCGCAAAAAAAUUGCGUUAAAAAGACGUAAUAAAUUUUCCCAUAAACUUCCGGAGCAACUUAGGGCAUCGUUGGAUAAAUUUCGCCAUGAUAUAUUUCAACUAAGAUAUGCCCUCCCUUUUGAAAUGUAUAAUAUAUUAAAUAUGUGCGAAACUCCGGUGUGGUUCGAUAUGGCUGGAAACUUUGCCGUGAAUCCUAUCGGUGAGAAAAAUAAUCACGGCAAUCGUUCAAACAAUGAUAAAAAUCGGUUCACGGUGGUGCUCACUUGUGCAGCAGAUGGAUCCAAGUACCCACCCAUUUGUAUUUUUAAAGGAAGGCAAUUGCCACGAGGGGAGGUUGUUCCUCCUGGUGUUUUUGUAUGUUUCCAAGAGGAUGACUGGAUGACGGGUGAACUUAUGAAUUAUUAUGUCAACUACUUAAUUCAAAUAAGAACAAUUCAAAAUCAAUCGAAUAUGUCUGCAUUGAUGGUUUACGAUCCUUUCCGCGGGCACUUGGAUGAUUCUAUUCAAAGGAAAUUUUACGAUAACAACAUUCGUUUGGUGAUGAUUCCUCCCGGGUUAAAAAGUGUUUGUCAACCGUUGGAUGUGGUGCUCAAUAAACCAUUCAUUGAUAAUCUAAGAAAAGAAUGGUACCAAUGGAUGGUCGGUGGAGGCACAAGUUACAAUUCAACUAGAAAUUUGCGCCUUGCAAAAUUUAGUGAUGUGUGUGGCUGGGUGAAGCGAUCUUGGGACGAGAUUUCACCGGAUUAUAUUUCACGGUCAUUUAAAAAAUGUGCAAUUUCAAAUGCAUUGGAUGGGUCCGAAAAUGAUAUGGUUUAUGAUGAUAUCGAGGAAAUUGCCAAAGAACUUCAAAAAGAAAAAGAGUUGGAGGACCUGGUUAAUGGUGAAGAUGAAUAUGAAAUUAUUGACUUGAAUGAUGAUGAUGAGAAUAAUACCGAGGAUAUAAUUCCGGUAGAAGACAAUGAACAAGAAAAUGAAGAUGAGGACGAGUUUGAAGAGGGACGAGUUGGCGAGGAACUCUAUUUUUAA